GCCGGGCAUCACACCUGAGCCGGACGGACGGCGGAGGGGCUGCACCUGGCCUUAUGGGCCAGUUGAGUUGAUGAGGGAAGAACUCUCUCCAGCCCUUGACCUCCCACCACUGUCUCCAGCCUAGAAAGAGGCUGAGAAGAAAGCCAAGGUGAUUGCAGUAAUGAACGCUGUGGAAGAAAACCAGGGGUCCGGCGAGUCUCAGAAGGUGGAGGAGGCCAGCCCUCCUGCAGUGCAGCAGCCCACUGACCCCGCGUCCCCCACUGUGGCCACCACCCCUGAGCCUGUGGGGGCUGACACAGGGGACAAGAACGCCACCAAAGCAGCUGAUGACGAACCAGAGUACGAGGACGGCCGGGGCUUUGGCAUUGGGGAGCUGGUGUGGGGGAAACUGCGGGGCUUCUCCUGGUGGCCAGGCCGCAUUGUGUCUUGGUGGAUGACGGGCCGGAGUCGAGCACCUGAAGGCACCCGCUGGGUCAUGUGGUUCGGAGACGGCAAGUUCUCAGUGGUGUGUGUUGAAAAGCUGAUGCCGUUGAGCUCCUUCUGCAGCGCUUUCCACCAGGCCACCUACAACAAGCAGCCCAUGUACCGCAAAGCCAUCUACGAAGUGCUGCAGGUGGCCAGCAGCCGAGCCGGGAAGCUGUUCCCAGCGUGCCAUGACAGCGAUGAGAGCGACACUGCCAAGGCCGUGGAGGUGCAGAACAAGCAGAUGAUCGAAUGGGCCCUCGGAGGGUUCCAGCCCUCUGGCCCCAAGGGCCUGGAACCACCAGAAGAGGAGAAGAACCCCUACAAAGAAGUUUACACAGACAUGUGGGUUGAACCCGAGGCAGCUGCCUAUGCGCCACCCCCACCAGCCAAAAAGCCCCGGAAGAGCACAACUGAGAAGCCCAAGGUCAAGGAGGUUAUCGAUGAACGCACAAGAGAGCGGCUGGUGUACGAGGUGCGGCAGAAGUGCCGGAACAUCGAAGACAUUUGCAUCUCUUGUGGGAGCCUCAACGUCACCCUGGAACACCCUCUCUUCAUCGGAGGAAUGUGCCAAAACUGCAAGAACUGCUUCCUGGAGUGCGCGUACCAGUACGACGACGACGGCUACCAGUCCUACUGCACCAUCUGCUGUGGGCGGCGUGAGGUGCUCAUGUGCGGGAACAACAACUGCUGCAGGUGCUUUUGCGUGGAGUGUGUGGAUCUCUUGGUGGGGCCCGGCGCCUCCCAGGCAGCCAUUAAAGAAGACCCUUGGAACUGCUACAUGUGCGGGCACAAGGGCACCUACGGGCUGCUGCGGAGGCGGGACGACUGGCCCUCGCGGCUGCAGAUGUUCUUCGCCAACAACCACGACCAGGAAUUUGACCCUCCGAAGGUUUACCCACCUGUCCCAGCCGAGAAGAGGAAGCCCAUCCGGGUGCUGUCUCUGUUUGACGGAAUUGCUACAGGGCUCCUGGUGCUGAAGGACCUGGGCAUUCAGGUGGACCGCUACAUCGCCUCGGAGGUGUGCGAGGACUCCAUCACGGUGGGCAUGGUGCGGCACCAGGGGAAGAUCAUGUACGUCGGGGACGUCCGCAGCGUCACGCAGAAGCAUAUCCAGGAGUGGGGCCCGUUCGACCUGGUGAUUGGGGGCAGUCCGUGCAAUGACCUCUCCAUCGUCAACCCUGCCCGCAAGGGACUCUACCAGGGCACUGGCCGGCUCUUCUUUGAGUUCUACCGCCUCCUGCAUGACGCGCGGCCCAAGGAGGGAGAUGACCGCCCCUUCUUCUGGCUCUUUGAGAAUGUGGUGGCCAUGGGCGUUAGUGACAAGAGGGACAUCUCACGAUUUCUCGAGUCCAACCCUGUGAUGAGGAGGCCGUUGGCAUCCACUGUGAAUGACAAGCUGGAGCUGCAGGAGUGUCUGGAACACGGCAGAAUAGCCAAGUUCAGCAAAGUGAGGACCAUCACCACGAGGUCGAACUCUAUAAAGCAGGGCAAAGACCAGCAUUUCCCCGUCUUCAUGAAUGAGAAAGAGGACAUCUUAUGGUGCACUGAAAUGGAAAGGGUGUUCGGCUUCCCUGUCCACUAUACCGACGUUUCCAACAUGAGCCGCUUGGCGAGGCAGAGACUGCUGGGCCGGUCGUGGAGCGUGCCGGUCAUCCGCCACCUCUUCGCUCCGCUGAAGGAAUAUUUUGCUUGUGUGUAAGGGACAUGAGGGCAAACUGAGGUAGUGAUACAGAGUUAAAAACAAACAAACAAACAAAAAAAAACACACAAAAAAAACCACAAAGAACAUGAGGAUGGAAAGAAGUAUCAGCACCCAGAAGAGAAAGGAAUUUAAAACAAAAACCAGAGGCGGAAAUACCGGAGGGCUUUGCCUGGUGAAAAGGGUUGGACAUCAUCUGGUUUUUCAAUGUUAAUCUUUAGUCCUAUUUAAAAACAAUAUCAUGUUCCCUAGCCCCCCCCCCCUUUUUUUUGGUCAGAUCUUUUGUUUUCUACUCUUUUCAGAGGGGUUUUCUGUUUGUUUGGGUUUUUGUUUCUUGCUGUGACUGAAACAAGAGGGUUUAUUGCAGCAAAAAUUAACAACAAAACAUUGUAACAAUACCUUGCCGAGAGAGAAGAAAAAAAGGAAAUUCUAUGGAAAUCUAUAUAUUGGUAUUGGAUUUUUUUUUAACUAUAUAACUUUUUGUUGUUGUCUCUAGCCUGAUCAGAUAGGAGCACAAGCAGGGGGCGGAAAGUAGAGACACACUCAGGAGGCCGAGACCCCUCCCAGCCACUGAGCUGUCUUGCUAGCACCAUUCCUGGUCAUGCAAAGCAGAACCCAACUAGCAGCAGGGAGAGGACACCACAAGACCCUUUAAACAGUAUUUCAGGUGCCUACCACACAGGAAACCUUGAAGAAAACCAGUUUCUAGAGCCGCUGUUACCUCUUGUUUACAGUUUAUAUAUAUAUGAUAGAUAUGAGAUAUAUAUAUAAAAGGUACUGUUAACUACUGUA